AUGAUGCUCGGAGACAGCUGGCUCCCUAUUAUUCUAUGUGUGCUCGUCCUCGCAUACAAGAACCUCCCCUUUGUGUGGCACAUCCGCUUCCUCCGCACCCUCAUAACCCGACUCUUCCUCGCCCCCACCACCAAGCUCCCCCUCCACCCAACCCACCUCUUCCUCCCCGCAAUCCACCACACCCGUUCCCCCGCCACAGAAUGCGACUACAACCUGCACAAGUCGAACUCGACGUACUUUACCGACCUGGACAUCUCGCGCGGCAGCCUCAGCCUCGUCCUCUUCAGCCGAUGUCUGUCAUUCAUGCCGUCGGAGGCGAACCACACCGCGGCGAUGAUUCUCAGCGGUGUGCAGUGCGUUUUUCGGAAGGAGAUUAAGCCUUAUCAGGGGUAUGAGGUGUGGACGCGGGUGAUGGCGUGGGAUGAGAAGUGGUUGUAUUUGGUGUCGCAUUUUGUGGAGAGGGGGCCGGGUGAGCCGCGGGAGUAUGUGCUUCAGGGGGGGAAGAAGGACGUGACGGUGGCGGGUUUGGAAAGGAAGAAGGAUGAGGGAGAGCGGAAGAAAAAGGUGUUUGCGUCUUCUGUGUCGAGAUAUGUCUUUAAGCAGGGACGGAAGACGGUGGCGCCGGAGAUGAUUCUCUUGCAGUGUGGGCUGUUGCCUGGACGGGAGGAUGAAUUGUGGGAUGUGAUUGAGGAGAGGAGGAAGAGGGAUGUGGAGGCGGCGCAGUUGAAUAGAGGGUGGGAUGCGGUGUAUGAGGCAUUUGAGGAGGUGGAUGUUGCGUUGGGGAGCGACAAUUCAACCUCCUUGGGAGAGUCUCGCACUCGACACCCGCUACCCCCCUGCCAGCAACACACGCACCUGAGGCAUGCAGUGGGGACAAAGGGCUCGGUGUUGGACGAAGACUCCCCCGAGGAGGACGAUUCAGAGUCCUCCUCGGAGGUCACGGGGGUCUCGGCUGCUGCGGCGUUGGCGGUGGGCUUGGCCUUGGAAUACGCCGUAUAG